AUGAGUCCGCUUGCAGUGGCCGAUGUUACUGCUCAAUUUAAGGAGCAAGUGCUCCCAGACUCCACAUCUCCCGAUCUUCAUCUCAGCCAGUCCACGGACGAGGAGAAUCUUCGCAUCUGGCAAUUGACAUCAAAUGAGUGGAAUACGAGUGUGAGAGAGGUUUUACGAGCUGCUCAAAAAGAAGCGGCAGAAUGGGAUCUGCACAAGAUCACGCUCUGGAAUCCGUCGCACGCCCUGGAGAGGGCAAUCCAAUUAUCAGGUAUUCCGUUUCAGCGCAAGCAUUGGAUCCAAGACAGCAUACCCUGUCUGCAAUGGUAUGAAGAAGGGAGAGGCAAGCCAGAUUCGCUCAAUUGGCUUCUGAAUGAGAAAUACGGCUGGUGCUAA